AUGCGGUACAACAUUGCCAUGAUCAGUGAUUAUUUCUUUCCUCAACCAGGAGGUGUAGAAAGUCACAUAUACCAACUCUCGAGCAAACUCAUAGACCGAGGGCACAAAGUGAUCAUAAUCACUCAUGCAUACAAAGGCCGAACCGGUGUUCGGUACCUCACGAAUGGUCUGAAAGUCUACCAUGUUCCGUUCUUCGUUAUUUACCGCGAGACGACGUUUCCGACUGUCUUUUCCUUCUUCCCCAUAUUCAGAGAUAUAAUCAUUCGGGAACGAAUCGAAAUUGUACACGGACAUGGAAGCUUGAGCAGUCUAUGUAAUGAAGCCAUCCUACAUGGGCGGACCAUGGGACUACGUGCAGUCUUCACAGAUCAUUCUCUUUUUGGGUUUGCGGACGCUGGUAGCAUUCUCACAAACAAAUUGCUCAAGUUUACCCUGAGCGACGUCGACCACGUCAUAUGCGUUAGCCAUACUUGCAAAGAAAACACAGUCCUGCGUGCCUCUCUGGACCCCUUGAUGGUCUCAGUAAUACCUAAUGCAGUUGUCGCUGAGAACUUUCGGCCGUUGAAUUAUGUAGAGCCAUCAGAAGAUGGUCAAACAGGUACAAGACUUCCACCAAUCAACCUCCUUGGACCGGAUGACACAAUCACGAUCGUGGUAAUUUCCCGCCUAUUCUACAAUAAGGGCACAGAUCUUUUAAUUGCGGCGAUACCUCGCAUACUAGCUUCACACAAACAUGUACGUUUCAUCAUUGCCGGCUCUGGACCGAAGGCCAUCGACCUGGAACAGAUGGUCGAACGAAAUGUGCUUCAAGAUCGUGUGGAGAUGCUUGGUCCCGUCCGCCAUGAGGAAGUCCGAGAUGUGAUGGUACGUGGCCAGAUAUACUUGCACCCUAGCUUGACUGAAGCUUUCGGUACUGUCAUAGUCGAGGCUGCCAGUUGCGGCCUGUACGUUGUCUGCACCCAGGUGGGCGGCAUCCCGGAAGUCCUUCCUGCACGCAUGACUCAAUUCGCAAAACCUGAAGAGGACGACUUGGUUGCUGCAACUGGCCGGGCUAUCGCUGCGCUUCGAGCUAAUAAAGUUCGUACGGAGCGGUUUCACGAUCAAGUUAAGAUGAUGUACUCAUGGACAGACGUAGCAGCCCGUACAGAGCGAGUAUAUGAAGGGAUAUCUGGUGCUUUGCCCGAAGAGGAGUUCUAUGGUAUACAUGCCGCCGGUGCAUGGACUGCUACGCGAGGCCGUGCUGGAGUGCAGAGUUUUGCUCUCAUGGACAGAUUGAAGAGAUACUACGGCUGUGGUAUCUGGGCCGGCAAGCUUUUCUGCCUCUGCGUGGUCAUCGAUUACCUCAUCUUCGUCGCGCUCGAGAUGAUCUAUCCAAGAUCAGGCAUAGACAUUGCGAAGGACUGGCCGAAAAAGCGGAUUGAUGGCUCACCAAAUCGGGACAAAUUCGCGAGCCUCAAUCGAUCGAGAAGUAGUCGACAUCGAGAUAAGCGAUAA